AUGUCCAUAAAAGAAGCUGUAACUUUUAUCAACGCAAUUGAUGUGAACAAGUUCUCCAGGCUGAUCUCCCGCAUCAUACAGAAGCUGCAUCUGAAGAGAGAGCGUACAUUCAGUGAAGAGGAGGAAGAAAAGCUCCAGGCUGCUCUCUCAUUGGAUAAACAGGCUCUCCAUCUGGUCCUGGAAACUGCUGCCUUUAUACUUGAACAGGCAGUGUAUCAUAGUGUGAAGCCGGCCUCUCUGCAGCAACAGCUGGAGGCGGUGCAUCUUGACCCAGACAAGGCUGAGGCGUUCUCUCAAGCAUGGGCCACAGCUGGACCUGAGCUGGUGGAGAAACUAAAGCACAGUACCUUCGCCCCAAAGAAGCUGGAGUAUGUGGGCUGGCAGUUGAACCUGCAGAUGGCCCAGUCCAGCCAAGCCAGACUGAAGUCUCCCAGCGCCGUCCUCCAACUGGGACUCCGCAAUGAGGACUCUGAGAGAUCUGUUCUGUGUUUGUGCCAAAUGGGAGGCAUCUUCAAGCUGUUCCUCUUUCUCUGCUAA